AUGCAUCCUGAACUCUCCAUCCAGCAUGCCCCUUGGCUCAGUCGGCUGCGAUCAGCUCUCCGCCUGCUCAUCAUCGUACUGAGCGGCGCCGUCGUCGUCUUUCUGGUGCACACGCUGGAGAUCUUUCGAGGGAACACUUAUCUGGACCUCCGCAAGGGCGAAUUGCCCAUGACAUGGCCGGCUAGGACGAACCUCAUCCCUACCCUAAUACUAUUCGCAAUCGCCGCCGCAAACUUCCUCGCCUCCGUCUCGACCCUCGCGCUUUCUUUCACCCGAUCUUUCCGCAGACCAAUUCGCUCACGCGACCUCUACCGCAUAGUCGCAGGCAGCUUUGGAGUCCUGUCAUGGGGCGCAGCGUUGGCAGCAUUCACUUUGCUCGACAAGGCCAGUAAAGCCAGCUUGGGCAGGUAUGCCUGCAGCAACAAAAAUGUCAUGAGCAACGGGCGAUACCAGUAUCGCACUGUCUGCGAAGAGCAGGGAGUCGCAUUCUACCUCGCAAUCGGCGCCGCGUCCGCAGAGCUCCUGACCCUGAUGACCCUCGCCGUCUCCGCAUACCUCUCCGUGAAGCAAAGAACACCCCAUCUAAAAAGCGACCACGACAGAAAAGCAUCAACAAGCGUCGGCAUCCCCGGCCGCUAUCCCUAA